GGAAGGUUUAUACCUAACAUACUGUCCCUGCCCUGGGAGUAUGUGAUGGGACAGUGUAAAGGGAACUUCACUCUGAGUCUAACUUGCACUGUCUCACCCCGUGUGUGUGAUGGCAUGUUAAAGACCACAAGAUCAUAAGAUAUAGGAGCAGAAUUUGGCCAUUUUGUCAAUCGAGUCUGCUGCUAUUCCAUAAUGGCUAAUUUAUUAUCCCUCCUCAACCCAUUCUCCUGCCUUCUCUCUAUAAACUUUAACACUCUUACUAACCAAGAAACUAUCACCCUCCACUUUAAAUACACCCAAUGACUUGGCCUCCACAGCCAUUUGUGGUAAUGAAUUCCACAGAUUCACCACCUCCUCAUCUCUGUUCUAAGGGAACAACCCACAAUUUGGGACUGUGCCCUCUGGUCCUCGACUCACCUACUAUAGGAAGCAUCCUUUCCACAUCCACUCUGCCUUCCUGUGUUCGAAAGAUUUCAGUGAGAUCCUCUCUCAUUCUUCUAAAGUCCAGCGAGUACAGGCCCAGAGCCAUCAAAUGCACCCAACAUUAACUAUUUAAGUCUCAGAAUCAACCUUUUGAACCUGCUCUGGAAACCUCUCCAAUGUCAGCACAUCCUUUCCUAGAUCAUGUGCCCGAACCCACUCACAAUAUUCUAAAUGUGGUCUUAUAAUACCCUAUAAAGAGGGAUUCUCACUCUCUACCUAACCUUUGCUGGCCCUGUCCUGGGGAGGAGGAGAUGGGACAGCAGAGAGGGAUCUUCACUUUCUACCUAACCAGUGCUGUCCCUGUCCGGGGAAAUUUAAUUAAAAUUAAAUAGCUCCAGCAUCUCACUAGUUAGUAGCAAAACACAUUUUACCAGAUUCAUUUUCGUAGUUUGUCGCACCAGACAGUCAGCCAUUCUUGUCUGGCGCGUGGUGUCAGGAUUGGUCUCCUUUCGGAUUAACCGGGUCACGGUAUGAACGUUCCUGACUCGACCCUUGUUUUUUACGAGGCCGAGUGGCUAGCUCGACGCUCACCCUGGCACAGAUGGAAAGCGUGCCCGGGGGUGCUGACUGGGUUUGAACUCGGGAGCCUUCACCUCCAAAGUCUGGUGCUGAUCCCACUGUGCACCAGAUGCGAUCAGAUCAAUCAAUUGCCUUUUGAAACUGAGCAUCAAGCAGUUGUUGACAGCAAGCAUGAUGUGACCUGCUUUUCCACACAGUAUCAGCACAUAGCUGGGUUACUCAUCAGUCGGUUGAACCACUGCCAUGUGACUCCCUGGUUUGAUCUCCACCCCUGUGCUGUGUGAUGGUGUUGGCUUUCCAUCCUGGUUUCCUCCCACACACCAAAGACAUAGGUUAGCUGGCUGCAGUAAAUUGCCCUUGGAGUCACAGUCCACACACAGGAGCAGAAUUAGACCAUUUGGCCCAUCAAGUCUGCUCCGCCAUUCAAUCAUGGCUGAUCCUUUGAAACUUUUUACCCCUCUUCAGCCCCCCAGGGGUUGACAAUACUCCAAAUGCACUGUCUUGUCACCAUAUCUCUUGAUGCCAUGACCAACCAGGAAAUUAUCAACUUUCACUUUGAAUAUACCCACAGACUGCCUCCACCACAGGCUAUAGCAAUGCAUUCCACAGAUUCACCACUCUUUGGCAAAAAAAUACUCCUCCUUACUUCUGUUUUAAAAGGUCACCUCUCAAUUUUGAGACUGUGUUCUCUAGUUCUGGAUGCCCCUACCAUGGGAAACAUCCUCUCCACAUCCACCUUAUCUGGACCUUUCAACAUUCAGUAGGUUUCAAUGAGAUCCAUACACAUUCUUCAAAAUCCCAGUCAGUACAGGCCCAAACCUGUCAAACGCUCCUCAUAUGUUAACCCCUUCAUUCCCAGAAUCAUUCUCAUGAACCUCCUCUGGACUCUCUCCAAUGACAACACAUCCUUUCUGAGAUGUGGGGCCCAAAACCGUUGACUAUACUCCAAGUGUGGCCCAGCUAGUGUCUUAUAAAGCCUCAGCAUUAUCUCCUUGCUUUUAUAUUCUAUCCCCCUUGAAAUAAACGCCAACAUUGUACUUCCCUUCUUUACCACAGAUUCACCCUGUAAAUUAAACUUCUGGGAGUCUUUCACAAGGACUCCUAAGUCCCUCUGCACUUCUGAUGUUUGAACCUCCUCCCUAUUUACAUAAUAGUCUGCACUAUUGUUUCUUUUACCAAAAUAAAUUACCAUAUAAUUCCCCACACUGUAUUCCAUCUGCCACUUCUUUGCCCAUUCUUCUAAUUUGUCUAAAUCCUGCUGCAAUCCCAUUGCUUCCUCAGCACUACCUACCUUUCCACCUAUCUUCGUAUCAUCCGCAAACGUUGCCACAAAACCAUCAAUUCCAUUAUCUAAAUCAUUGACAAGCAAUGUGAAAAGUGGUGGUCCCAAUACUGACCCUUGAGGAACGCCACUAGUCAUUGGCAGCCAAUCAGAAAAGGCCUCUUUUAUUUCCAUAUACUACUUCCUGCCUGUCAGCCAUUCUGUUAUCCAUGCCAGUAUCCUUCCUGUAACAUCACAGGAUUUUAUCUUGUAAGCAGCCUCAUGUGUGGACCUAAAUAAAUGCCUUCUGAAAAUCCAAGUAAAUGACAUCCACUGCCUCUCUUCUCUCCACCCUGCUUGCUACUUUCUUGAAGAAUUCUAACAGAUUUGUCGGGCAAAAAUUUUCCCUUUACAGAAACCAAGCUGACUUUGACUUAUCAUUAAUCUCCAAGUAUCUUGAAACCUCAUCCUUAAUAAUAGACUCCAACACUUUCCCAGCCACUGAGAUUAGGCUAACUGGCCUGUAAUUUCCUUUCUUUUGCCUGCCUCCCUUUUUAAAGAAUGGAGUGACAUUUACAAUCUUACAGUCCUUCGGGACCAUGCCAGAAUCAAGUGAUUCUUGAAGAUCAUGACCAAUGCUUCCAUCAUCUCUUCAGCAACCUCUCUCAGGACUCUGGGAUGUAGUCCAUCUGGUCUGGGAGACUUAUCCACCUUAAGACCAUUGGGUUUGUGUAGCAUUUUUUCCUUUGUAAUAGCAAUGGCACUCACUCCUGCUCCCUGACACUCAUGGACCUCUGGCACACUGUAAAGAGUGAUGCAAUGUAGUCAUUAAGUUCAUCUGCCAUUCCUUUGCUGUCCCGUUACUACCUCACCAGCAUCAUUUUCCAGUGGUCCAAUAUCAACUCUCUCCUCUCUUUUACUCUUUAUAUAACUGAAGAAAAACUUUUUGUAUCCUGCUUUAUAUUAUUGGAUAGUUUGCCCUCAUAUUUUAUCUUUUCCCUUCUUAUGGCUUUUUAAGUUGCUUUCUGUUGGAUUUUAGAAGCUUCCCAAUCAUCCAACUUCCCACUCACUUUUCCUACUUUACAUGCCCAUUCCUUGUUUAUGCAAUCCUUAACUUCCCUCGUCAGCCCCGGUUGCCUCCCCCUGCCUUUCGAGAACUACUUCUUCUGUGGGACUUAUCUAUCCUGCACUUUGUGAACUAUUCCCAGAAACUUCAGCCAUCUCUGCUCUGAUGUCAUCCCCACCAGUGCUCUCCCCCAAUCCACCUGGGCAAGCUCCGCUCUCAUGCCUCUGUAAUUCCCUUUAUUCCAUUGCGAUACUGAUACGUGUGAGUUAUGCUUCUCGCUCUCAAGUUGCAGUAUGAAUUCAGUCAUGUUAUGAUCACUGUCUCCUAAGGUUCCUUUACAUCAAACUCCCUAAUAUUAUUACACAACACCCAAUCUAAGAUUGGCUUUCUCUGAGUAGGUUCAAGGACAAGCUGCUCUAAAAAGCCAUCUUGUAAGCAUUCAACGUAUUCCCUGUCUUGCGAUUCGACACAAACCUAAUUUUCUCAAUCCCCUUGCGUACUGAAGUCCUCCAUUACAAUUUUGACAUUACCCUUUUUACAUGACUCCUUACAGGUGGCUGCGGAAAUCAAUUCCAAACUCCAGAGAGCAUCUUGCUAACCACUACACUACCUUGCUGCCUUGCAAUCAUGAUGUUUUUCUAAAUAAAAUUAAAAAUACAGUCUGGGUUUAGGCUUUUCGGCCCAUCUAGUCCAUGCCAACCAAGGUUUCCAUCGAAAUCUUUCCUAUCCAUGUUCACGACUAAGUACCUUUCAGUUGUUGUUUAUGUAGCAGGACCAACAUCUGAGCCAUAGAGGAAGGUUGAACAGGUUAGGACUUUAUUCUUUAGAGUGCGGAAGAUUGAGAGAUUUGUUAGUGGUAUUGAAAAUUAUGCGUAGUGUAGAGAGGGUAUAUGCAACCAGGCUUUUUCCACUGAGGUUGGGUUACACUACAACUAGAAGUCAUGGGUUAAGGGUGAAAGGUGAAAUACUUAAAGGCAACAUGAAAGGGAACUUCUUCACUGAGAGUGAGACUGAGAGUGGUGAGAGUGUGAGAUGAGCUGCUAGCAAAAUUAUGCAAGCAGGUUCGAUUUCUGCGUUUAAGAGAAAUUUGGGAUGCGUCGUGCCCUCUCGAUCUUGGUCCUGGGCCUGUUGUUCAGCACUGAAGUGAGGGAGAUCCACGGUGAAUCUGGAGGAUGUGUGGUCUGGGGUGCCAACACCAGCAUUGCAGUGGAGGCCUAUGAUGGGGAGCCAGUGAAAGUGAGCUGCCCUCUCCCCCUGGCGGACAUCAGGACUAACCACAGUAUGGCCCACGAGUCAGGCCUGACACUAUCGUGGUACAGAAGCAGGCAGGGCGAAGAACUGGACGAGCCCAUUGAUUUUCGCCAGGCGGAGGAGCGGGUGUCAAAUGAGGAGGAGGGGCUGUGGUUCUGGCCUGCAUUUGUCAACGAUUCUGGGAACUACACUUGCAUGUUGAGAAAUGCGUCUGGUUGUCUCAGGGUGUCAGUAUCACUGUUCAUUACCCAGAAGAGACCCAACAGAUGUGCUAGGAACGUCGAGCUUUAUCUUGGUGAUCUGAGCCUCCAGCAAUGUCCGGGAACCAGCGAUUUCUCCCCAGAAUUAUUCAACAUGUCAACUAUCUGGUACUGGAGGGGCCAAAUAAUUGACAGUGGCAGCAAUAUGUUGAACAACAUUGACGGACAACUGAGGGUCAAUAUUGUCAUGGAACACCAUGAAGGAAAUUACACCUGCAUCGUAACUGUGAUGCGUAGGGGCUUGGCUUUCAAAUUGACCAGGAUUCUCUGUGCCACCAUCGCAGCUAGCCAGCGUGAACUGAAGCCCCCGAUUCUAAACCAACUAGCUGCAGGCCUUCGAGUGGAAGUGGAGUACGGCAUGGUAUUUCGAAGAUGGAGAGGCAAGUGCCCACGAUCUCUGAAGCUACGUUGUCGUGGCCCUUGCACGUUAUUUGCUUUCUCGAUAACUGUGCUGCAGUUAAGGAGGUCCCUUAAGAUUAUCUUACAAGGUCAGGAAGUAAAUUUAACCUGCAGUGCAUUCUUCCAUUACAUCCUGGAGUCACCCACAACAGUCCAGUGGUCUGUUGAUGGGAGACAGGCGGAGGAAUUGGCACCAGCUAUGCAAGUAUUUCUGAGUGAAGAGAAGCAGCGACUCAGGGACAAGAGAAUUACCAGUACUCUGAACAUCCGAGCGGUGACAAGGGCUGACAUUCAGCGGAACUACACCUGCCUUGCCCAGAAUAGCAAGGGAUCCAAAAGUAUCCAAGCGGUUUUAGUCUGGAAAGGGCCCAGCUAUGCGAUUGGACUCGGCUGUGCACUGGGGGCCACGUUGCUGAUUGUUGUCACGUCAGUCGCUGUAUAUCACUUCUGGUGGAUUGAAAUCGUUCUGUUCUACAGAUUGUACUUCGGCACUGAUGAAACGAUAGGAGAUGGGAAGGAAUAUGAUGCCUAUGUGUCAUACGCACGGAGCACCGAAGAGGAGGAGUUUGUCCUGAUGACUCUUCAAGCUGUCCUGGAAAACGAGUAUGGUUAUAAGAUCUGUAUUUACGACCGGGACAGUUUGCCUGGUGGAGUCAUCACGGACGAGACCCUGGCCUGUAUCUGGAGGAGCCGCAGGCUGGUGGUGGUGCUGAGCCCAAACUACCUGACGAACGGUACCCAGGCGCUCCUGGAGCUGAGGGCAGGCAUGGAGCGGAUGGCCAGCACAGGCCAGAUCCGGGUGAUCCUGGUGGAGUUCCGCCCGGUGGAGAAGGUCAGUCAGGUGGCCGAGCUGAGGAGACUGAAAGCUGUGAUGGCCACUAUCAAGUGGAGAGGGGAGCAAUCACGGGACCCCAAGAGCAAGUUCUGGAAGCAGCUCCGUGUCUCCCUGCCCACGCGGCGAGCGACCAGGGCACCUGCGGCAAAGAGUUCCAGGCUGAUCUACAAGAAACUCGGUUCCUCGGAUCUCCCUAGACCUUUGGUUUCAGAUGACCAGUCGCUUUCCCGCGAUGGUCGUAUCGGCCACGAGAAACGGCCAAGCACAACUGACUCGUGUCCCGAGGAGUUGCUACAGGCUGAGUCCUCCAUGCUUUAACCCUUUCUGUGGAACCUGCUUUGUGCAAAACAACCACGUAGAGACCCAAGCAAUGGGGACAGCGGUUGUACGUGUGGACACUGCAGGCAUGGUCAGGGAUCACUGCCCUGGAGAAGAGUGGGGGCUGCCACUGUCUCAAUUACCUGGUAUGACAAUCCAGAUGUUUUAAGAGUACCAUACACAAAAAUGCUGGAGGAUCGCAGCAGGUCAGACAGCAUCUAUGGAGAGGGAAAAGCAGUCGACAUUUUGGGCCAAGACCCUUGAUCAGGACUGGGAAGGAAGGUGAAAGAAUACGAAGGUGGGUGGAGGGGAAGGAGUACAAGCUGGAAGGUGAUAGGUGAAGCCAGGUGAGGGGGAAGGUAGGUGGGUGCAGGAGGGGAAGAAGUAAGAAACUGGGAAGAGAUAGGUGGAAGAGGUAAAGGGAUAGAGAAGAAGGAACCUGAUAGGAGAGGAGAGUGGGCCAAGGGAGAAAGGGAAGGAGAAGGGGCGCCAGGGGGCAGUGAUCAGCAGCUGAGGAGAGAGAAAAGGUAAGAGGGGAGCCCAGGUGCAUUAGAAGAAGAGGGAAGGGGAGGGGGAGAAAUUACCAGAAACUGGAGAAAUUGAUAUUCAUGCCAUCAGGCUGGAGGAUACACACGUCUUCCUCCUGAGAGUGGGUCUAUUUGGCAGAAGAGGCGGCCAUGAAUUGGCAUGGGAGCUGGGUUUGGAAUUAAAAUGGUUGGCCGCAGGAAAUCCGUGUUUGUUGUGGACAGAGCGAAGGUGCCCCACAAAGUGGCCAGAUUUUUAAGAAUGAUAUAAUAUAUUCUUUUGACUAAGUAACUGAAUUUACCUUGUGUUCUUGUUUCCUGAACGGUGUCUCCCACACAGACAGACAGACUUACUUUAUUGAUCCCGAGGGAAACUGGAUUUCGUUACAGUCGCACCAACCAAGAAUAGAGUAGAAAUAUAGCAAAAUAAAACCAGAAAUAAUUAAAUGAUAAUAAGUAAAUUAUGCCAAGUGGAAAUAAGUCCAGGACCAGCCUAUUGGCUUAGGGUGUCUGACACUCCGAGGGAGGAGUUGUAAAGUUUGAUGGCCACAGGCAAGAAUGACUUCCUAUGACGCUCAGUGUUACAUCUCGGUGGAAUGAGUCUCUGGCUGAAUGUACUCCUGUGCCUAACCAGUACAUUAUGGAGGCCUUAGCUCGGAUUGGCACACAGUUGUGGUAAAGGAGUUCUAGCCCUUUACACAGUGAUGAGAAGCACUGACAGAAUAGACAGUAUCGUUCUGUCAGGAUUGAACAGUCUAACACCAGAGGGUAUGCAUUUAAGAUGAGAUGGGGAUACGUUCAGUGGAGAAUGUGUGCGACGGGAGUUCCCACACACAGUGAGGUGGGAGCCUGGAUUGUGUUCAGUGAGUGAUGGAGACACAUUGCCCCUAUCAAAGUUAUAAAGCAUUGGUCAGUUAAUAAGGUGAGCAGUUUUGGGCCCCUUACCUGAGAAAGGAUGUGCUGCCAUUGGAGAGAAUCCAGAGAAGGUUCACGAGAAUGAUCCUGAAAAAGAGGAGCGUUUGAUGGCUCUGGGCCUGUACCCGCUGGAGUUCAGAAAUCUGAGGAGGGAUCUCAUUGAAUUUUGAAAGGCUUAGAUAGAGUGGAUAUGGAGAGAAUGUUUCCUAUAAUGCGUGAGUCUAGGACCAGCGGGUACAGUCCCAGAAUAUUAGUAUAUCCCUUUAGAACAGAGAUGAGGGGGAAUUUAGCCAGAGGGUAGAGAAUCCAUGGAACUGAUUGCCAUGGACAGCCAAGUCAUUGAGUACGUUUAAUGUGGAGAUUGAAAGGUUCUUGAUUAGUAAGGGUUCCAAAGGUCAUGGUGUGGGGCGGGGUGGGGGAGAGACAUUAUAGGAUUGAGAGGGUUAAUAAAUCAGCCCAUGACAGAAUGGCAUUGCAGAUUUGAUGGGCCAGAUGGCCUAAUUCUAUGACUGUGUUUCAUGGCCUAAUUACAGACUCAGACACCGAGGUCCCUCUAAACAAUGUAGGGAGAUUAAAUGAGGAGUAAAGAGGCUUAUAUUGUGCAGGUAAAGGUAGUUUCAAUUACAGAAUGUCUGGGGUGAGAGGGCACCUUUAUGAUGCUGGCUGCUUUGCUGAGGCAGUGAGGAGUGUAGAGUGACCAUGGAGUGGAGUGCUCCGUUGUGUCCUUGACUCUCUGUGCUUCCCUACAGUCACGGACAGAGCCUCUCUUUCUUACCCGUGCUGGUAGAUUGUCUCACAACUUUUCAUGAACAUUACCUGAGAGUAGGAAGGGUUAAACAUUCAGAGAUGACAUACACGCAGUGGCCACUUUAUUAGGUACACCUGCUCUUUAAUGCAAAUGUCUAAUCAGCCGAUCGUGGCAGCACUCGAUGCACGAAAGCAUGCAGACAUGGUCAGGAGCUUCAGUGGUUCAGACCAAACAUUAGAACGGGAUGAAAUGUGGUCCAAGUGAUUGACCAUGGAAUGAUUUUUGGUUUGAGCGUCUCAGAAUCUGCUGAACUCCUGGGAUUUUCACGCACAGCAGAGUUUACAGAGAAUGGUGUGAAAACAAACGGAAACAUCCAGUGGGCGGCAGGACUGUGGGUGAAAACGCCUCGUUAACGAGAGAGGUCAGCGGGGAGCGGCCAGAGUGCUUCGAGCUGACGGGAAGGCGACAGUAACUCAAAUAACCGCACGAUACAACAGUGGUGGGCAGAAGAGCAUCUCCGAAUGUACGACACAUCGAACGUUGAAGUGGAUGGGCGACAGCAGCAGAAGAUCACAGACAUACACUCAGUGGCCACUUUAUUAGGUACAGGAGGUAACUAAUCAAGUGGCCACUGUGUGUAUAUGUUGUUCUUGAACAGCGUGUGGUUCAGCUGGGAGUACAAGAAGGAGAGGGUGGGGGCUGGAGUGGGUUUCAUUGCCUCCCUGACAAACAGAGUCAAAAAUUGUGACACUGCCAACUGUGGCCAGAGGUCCAGCAACAGAACAGCUAUUAAACAGAGACUGGUUGUAGUGUAACAGCUCUGAUGGUUUCACCAGGAUAAGGUAUGCAGAGAAGCCGCACGUUACUGUCUCUCAAUCUCCUAAGAAAACCAAAAGAAACUCUAUUCCAUCAGCCAGUUUAUCCGCACCUUCAGCUGUUGCCCAGUAGAUCCAGUACUAACCGGAACCCGCUGACAUAACGGGUUGGCUUCGUCAGCCACCAUGAGACAGUGUACAGGAGCUGGAGCAGCUGGUAGAAUGGAGUGAGCACAACUUGUGUCUCAACGUGGACCAGACCAAACAGAUGAUUGUGCACUUUCGCAAGGUGCAGGCUGACCACCUCUAAGUGCACAUAAAUGGCUCCCCUGCAAAGAGAGGAACAUCAAUUCUCCACAGUGAAUGAUCUCACCUGGGGUCUUAACAUCAUCACUUUAGUCAAGAAAGCACGUCAGAAUGUCCACUCUGUGAGGAGAUAGAGGUGAGUGAGGCUCCACUCACCUCCCCAAUCUCACCAAUUCUUACAGGAGCAGCAUUGAGAGCGUUCUGACAAGCUCCAGCAGGAAGUGCAAAGCAUCUAACGCAGAACUCUACAAAGGGUUGUGAGGACUGCUGAAAGGGGUAUCACUUACGCCCAUCAAAAUAUUUAUCUGUGUAUGUAGAGGCCUUUGGUAUUGUCAGUGAUCUGUCCACCUGUCCAAUAAUCUCUCUGACCCCCUACCAUCAGUCACAGGUACUGUAGCAUUAGGACAAGAACUGUGUUGAUGGGAAACAGUGAGACUAAUGAACCUCCUGUCACCACCCAGGCUCCAUCACACAUGAAGUGCCAGUAAUGGCACCCUGUUUACUUUUUAACUUGUGUUGUAAAUGCACCUUAUGCUGAAUGUCAAACUUCUGGAAUAUAUUUGAAUAUUUAUUAAUUUAUUUGUGGUAAUAUUACUUUGUGUUUUGUGUGAGUUAUAUGUACUGUGUUGUUUACUUUGGUCUGGAGGAACAUUACUUCAUUUGGCGAUGUACAUGUAUAUGGCUGACUGACAAUAAACUUCAAUUUGAACUUG